GGUUGUAUGUGCGAAGAUCUGAUGGGUUGUUUUGGUCGCACGGUUUAACAUAUUAUGAGGGAUUUGAACACACGUGUACGAUUCUGCUGUUAUUAUUGAAUCUAUACCAUGAUGCCGGGGGAGAACCAGUCCAAAGCCGGAGGAAUCGCCUUUGAAGCGACUACUGGCAUUUGUCAAAACUGCACUGUUUUAAAUCAGAGUUUAGAUGAAUAUGUGGCUGCUUUGUUAACACUUAAGCAGAAGAUCAUCGACACAGAUCGCCUCUUGAGUGAAUACAAAGAGAAGUGUGGUGAGCUUCAGAAAUCACAGAGAGAGAGCAGUAAAUUGCACAGGCAGCUGGAUGAGGUGCUGCUGAAGCUUGAGCCAUUAGAGAAACAAACAGUGGAGUAUGAACAGAUAAAGACAGAGCUGGAGAAAACUAAGGCUGAUUUGAGCUCUUACCAGCAGAAGUGUGAGGAUGCUGACAAACUGAGAGCUGAAAAUGCCCAGACACUCAUUCUCAAAGACAAACUUGAGGAAUCCUUAAGGAAGGCUGACGACACAGUGCAUGGACAAAACCUGGAGAAUGAAAAGCUCAGAGCUGAAAAGAAAACACUGGAGGACGAUCUGCUGAAAACUCAGGAUUCCCUCAGGGAAUUUCAGCAGACUGUUGAGGAGCUUGAGAAUAUCAAAUUAGAGAAUGCCAAGACACUGAUUCUGAAAGGAAACCUUGAGAAUGAACUUUUGUUGCUGAAAGAGACAAAGUUUCAACAGAACAAUCAAUUAAAUGACCUAAAGAAUGAGAAAGGAAGAAUUGAAGAAAUUUUGCUCGCAACACAGCAAAGGCUAAACAAACUUGAGAAUGAGUUCAACAAAGAGAAAAGGAGUAUGUCUUCCCAAACAGAGGCUGAACUGCAAAUUGACAAAGGCAAAGUCAGAAUGCUUCUGGAAGAGCUCUGGCAUUGCAUGGAACCUUCAUCACAAACCAAAGAAAAAUUGCUUCUUCCUGGAGAGUCUACACCAUUGAAAAAACAACUUAAACGAACACCACCUCAACCGCUGCCUAUCAGUCCUGUAAGAAGUCCGAUCUCUCAUCCAUCUCCUGGGAAGCCCAGUCCAGAAACUCACUUGCAAUCUCCAAAACUCUCAAGCUCCACACUGAAAACAUCUCCAGAAACCAGUACACUUAAAUCAUCACCUCAGAACUUGAACAAGCAGAACAAAGACCAAUUAAUUACACCAAACAGAAAGAGGAAAGUAUGUUCAGAUGUGCUUGAACAAAUGAAUACCUGGACUGAUUAUGCUAAUGAGUCCUCAUUGAAGGAAAGGAAUGAUAGAGACUUGUUACAUGACAAUUAUUAUUCAGAUUUGGAGGACAUUCAAGAGUGGUUCAAGCCUUUGCCUGCAGCUUUAUCACCUGUGCGUAGCCCUUCAAUAGAGCUGGUCAGCCUCAAUGACGAUCUGCCAGAGCAGGAAUAUCUAUUAGAUAAUAGGAAACCAGAAGCACUAUCAAGCUUUCAUUCAGAUACUCUUGAAAACAACACAAAAUUUGAACCUUCAAAUAUCGAAGAUAUUCAAUUAUUGAUCAAUGAAAAAGUGGAAAAGUCUUCAUUUCUCUUGUCCCCAAGCACUCCGAAAACAAAAUCAGCUGUAUCUGAUGAUGAUAUGGACCUUCAAAACACAUCAUUUGAAAGCCAAUACAUGGAGAUAGAGGAUAUGUCAGAAGUAAAUCAUAACUGUGUGGACAACACCAAAAAUCAGAAGAAUACAGAACCAGGUGUAUUGAAUGGACACAGAGUGGAGAAUACCUUAGAAAAUGACACCACACAAACCGCAGCAGAGCUUCCGCUGAUUAAUCAAAACCAUGAAAGAACACAAUUUGAGGAUGCAAAAGUCACAGAUGAGAUUAAAAAUCUACCAAAUAAUUCUAAAGUUCCUCUGCAGCAUAUUGAAUCUGACCCAAUGUACACAAAUUCUGUUAAAUCUGAAGAAUCCGAAAGUUCUGAGGUACAACCUAAUGAUGCAUUGAUGUCGAAGGUCAACAGCAUUUCAACACAAAUUGAAGGAAACUUUAGUAAGAGGAGUGAUGAAUUAGAGAGCUCUACACCCCUGGGAAUAAGGACUGUUGCAGACGUAUCAACACAUGACAUUCAGAAUAUACAGACCAACAAGGCAGCUGCUAAGGAUAGCAGUUUAAAGCCUACAGAAUAUCAGAAGAGCUUUGAUGAGAGAGAAAAUGAAGGUGCUUGCCUGUUAAGGUCUUUGAAGGAUAAAGAAUCAUCAUCAGAAGAUGAAUGGUUCUUUGGUUUGAAAAGAAAGGUUAGAGGGAUUCGCUCAAGGUCUGAAUCAAUGACCCCCUCAGAUGAGUUGGACGUUGUGUCAGAGUUUAAGCAGUGUUCUUCUCCGAAGCAAAUGUCCAGAUUGUAUUCUGAAAGCAGAGAAUUGUCGCAUACUGGACUUUCCACUGAAAAUAAGUCUGAUGAUGAAAGAGGUUCUGAACCAGUAGAAAUUUACUCAACUCUUCCAACUGUUUGCAAGUCACUGAGUCAAGAAAAUAAUCCUAAGAAUACUGAAGUAGAUGAUGCAGAGAACCCAAGAAAAAUUUCAACUCAAAUCAGCACCAAAUCUCUUCAACAGAUUGAUGAAAUGUCAACUGAUGCCCUUGGCUCUAGUGUUGAAAAUUUGGUCUGUGAUGUUUCUAACCACAAGGGAACAUCAGGAGACUCUGCAUUGGAUAGUCUUGAGGGUACCAGCACACCAUGCCAAGCUUCUCCUGAACCAAGAAGUUCUACCUUUGAGAAAGAUUUAGAGAACAAUGGAAAUACUUCACUUUUUUCAGGUCUCAACACCAAAGCUCCAAUUACACCAACAUCUUGUUUAUCUCUUGGAAGGGUUCGGACCGAGAUGGGUCCACCCCUACCUCCAGUUGUUAUGCCACUCACUGCUACUCCUCCAAGAUUUGGAAAGCACCACACUGCCUCAAAGCCUACUACAUCAUCCUCAAGAUUAUCAACUGAUGAGCCAAGUUCUCUUAAGAAUCUUCCUCCAGUGCCUGUUAGUGAUUCAGCUCUUCCAGUUGCAGUCAAAAUGUCUCCAUGUUUGACAACUCCAUCACCUUCUUCUGGAGUUCCUUCCUCACCCCUGCAGUUUGGAUCAGCUACUCCAAAACAUGCUGUUCCAGUCCCAGGAAGACUCCCGUCAUCUGCUUUAUCUUCCUCACCUCCCGCUCCUCCUCAGGAGAAUUCCAUGCAGAUGCUUGACACUAUGUAUCCUGAGCUGUCCGCACGUGCCCGCACUCUAAACAUACUUCGUGGGAAUGUUAACCUGAACAGAACUGGUAAUGAGAUUGGUCCCUCCCCUCCAACUGUUAACCAGAUAUCAGGAAAUAAAUCGAUCAGUUCUUCAUCCACUGCCUUUACCAAAACCGAGCAAAAACCAAAAAGGACAGGUGUGAACAUGCUUUUGCCAAAGAGUGCCAAACGACUCAGACUUGACAACUGUUCGCCUGCUCCCCCAGGUGUGGCUUCUCCUACAGAACAAGUAAUGGAUCCUCAACCAUUCGUUAAAACAGAGUCCCUUGAAUCUCGACAGAAAAUACAAAGCAAUCAAGAACACCAGAAAAUUGAUGAAAAGCUGGACAACAAGAGAAAUGACAAGCAGUUCCAGAUCUCAGAAGCUCUUGCCAGAAUAGGGUUGUCCUGUUUUGAAGUGUUGCCUGUUGUCAAGAGCCAUGUGUUUCUUGGGAGAAUAUCCCAGGUGCCGAUUUUGAUUGAUGAAGAAAAGGCUGUCAUUGCUGAGUUCUGUGUAAAUCAGUCUUCAGCAGAAGAGUUCAUGUCUGCCAUCUUAUCAAAACUGAAGAAGGAGAGGAACGUUCUGAGUUGUGAAAAUGUACAAGCUCUCUGUAGAGUCUAUGCCGGAUUAUGUCGCCAAAUAGGAGACUAUCAGAAAGCUCAUGCAUUUGCAUACAGUAUCCUUAAAGAGGACUUCCCUGAUGCCCCUAAGCUAAUAUUGUUCAUGGUCACAACAUGGCCAAGUGUGCUUUUCCAUAAGACCUCCUUGUGCAAAGCCAUCCACACCGUGACCAAGCUAAAAGCAGAAGGAGACAUUUUGGAGUACCUCACCAAAUAUCUGCACUGGGAUAAGAGCCCCCCUGAUGAUAUCCAAAAACUGAUCAGCAACACACUGAAGGCACUACAAGAAGACAAAGAUUUGACGUUUAAGAAGCAUCAUCGCCACGGUGAUGACCUUUGCCUUACUACUUGGGAGUACAUUUACACCUUGGAUAUCCUGUGUACACAUAUGAAGUGGAAGUGGACACACGACUGUAUAAUUGGCAAAGAGCUUUGGCCGAUCAUGAACACAUGGGUGACACAGCCGAGGCCUCAGCAAUCUCCAGUCCGGGAUAUUUCUGUAGCAGCUGUUCUGCGAUUGAUUGGACGACUUGGUCAGUUAGGGAUGAAGCAGAGGCUAUCCAAAUCAGUCCAAAAUGUUGCAAAAGCCAUAAACCUCUUUGGCAAACAUGGGAUUACAGAAGGUGUACCAAAGGAGGUGCAGUUAUCUGCUGUCUAUGCCAUUUAUGACCUGGCACCCUGCAACCCCAAAGAUGCCCUGGAGGCUCUGGCAUCAUGGCGGAGUGAGACCACACAGCCAGUACCCACUGCUGUGACUAGCUGCAUCACACAAAUCGGUUCACUUUGUCGCCAAAUAAAAUCCUGAUCUUGUAUUUUUAAAUCUGCAUAUGGUUUUGUUUUUGUGCAUUUUUAUAUAAAAAAUUAAAUUCUAAAAAUGUGAUGGUGAACUUUAAAAAAAUCUGUUAAAGAAUAUGUUCAUUACAGUAAAACAAUCUUGCCAUUCUUGUACAUUUGUGUAUAUUUUGUAUGUAGAUUAAAGAUAUUAAAUUUAUAUACCAUAAAGAGCAUUUUUAUUGAACUUAAACAUGUGUUUGUUCCUUUGACUUGUCAAAUAUGUCAU